AUGGGAGCAAGCUGGGAGUUGCUUGCCUUUGUCUUUCGAGUACUCCAGACACGUUAUCAGAACGAGGACGCAUACGCCUCGGCUCAUACCAUUUUGUAUCUCCUGGCGCCAUUGUGGAUCAACGCCUUUGUCUACAUGACCCUGGGCCGUCUGAUCCAUUUCCUCAUCCCGGAUAAACGACUUGGCGGCAUUUCAGCGAAGAGAUACGGAUUGGUAUUCGUCUGGCUGGAUGUCCUGGCAUUUCUCGUCCAGCUGGGAGGCGCCGCCAUCAGCUCACUGAGCGACACGGACCCUAGCAUUAUUAUGCUCGGCAUCCAUAUCUAUAUGGGUGGAAUCGGCCUGCAGGAAUUGUUUGUCGUGAUCUUUGGCGGCCUUACCAUCCACCUGCACCGACGGAUGAUCAAAAUGGAGAAAGUCGGGGAAUUGGACAUGGAGAAAGCAACUCGAGGCUCUGUUGCCUGGCGCUGGCUUUUUCGAGCGAUAUACGCUGUCCUAGGUCUGAUCACAGUUCGCAUCAUCUUUCGUCUGGCCCAGUUCGCUCGAGGCGCUGAUGCCAACAAUCCUGUCCUGACCCAUGAAGCCUACGAGUAUGUACUCGACGCAGUACCCAUGUUUCUGGCGCUGGCCCUACUUAACAUCGUUCAUCCGGGACGGGUCUUGCGAGGACCGGACUCGGAGUUUCCCCGUAUCAGCCGGCAGGAGAAGAAGCGACUGAAGCAGGAGAAAAAGACAGCCAAAAAGGCCGAACGAGCUCAAAAGAAGGAUCCCAAAGGGGGGAUGCAUGGAGACUUUGACGCGCUUCCUAGUCGAGAAGAGAGUUAUAGCCUCAGAUCUUCCAUCGGGCGAUAA